AUGGAUACGUCACAACUUAACAUGGCUGGUGCCUCCGAGCCCGCCGACCAGCUCGAACAGGAGCAGGCGCAGAGCAUGGAUCUCCCUACACCCACUCAGCAUGGAAUGGUCGCCGGGGCGGACGAGACCAUGAUCGCAAAUGGUUACAGCAGCGACUCCCGCGCCCACUACUCUUCCCACGACUUCCAGUCCCCCGCCCGAGAUUACCACUCUCAAGACGGCGAAGCCCCUCGAUCGAACUAUCCCUCGCAAUUGCCUUCCUCCUCAAGGCCUAGCUCCGGCCACUCCAACCAUCCAGACCGUCUCGUAUCACAACCGUCACAGGAUGUCAGCCACAAGCAAACAUCGUCGCAAGCGAAGAACAGCGUGGUGAUCAAGGUGGGGAUGGUGGGGGAUGCUCAGAUCGGAAAGACGAGUCUCAUGGUGAAAUAUGUGGAAGGCAGCUGGGAUGAGGAUUACAUUCAGACUCUCGGUGUCAACUUCAUGGAGAAGACCAUCUCGAUCCGGAAUACGGAGAUCACAUUCUCGAUCUGGGAUCUUGGUGGCCAGCGCGAGUUUGUCAACAUGCUUCCGCUCGUCUGUAAUGACGCAGUGGCUAUUCUUUUCAUGUUUGACCUCACGCGCAAGAGCACCCUGAACUCGAUCAAGGAGUGGUAUCGCCAAGGCCGUGGAUUCAACAAGACUGCCAUUCCCUUUUUGAUUGGCACUAAGUAUGAUCACUUUGUCAACUUUCCCCGGGAGGACCAGGAAGAAAUUUCCAUUCAGGCCAAGCGCUUCGCCAAGGCAAUGAAAGCCAGCCUGAUUUUCAGUAGCACCAGUCAUAGCAUCAAUGUCCAGAAGAUUUUCAAGAUCGUUCUCGCCAAAGCUUUUGACCUGAAGUGUACCAUCCCUGAAAUCGAAAACAUUGGCGAGCCUCUGUUGUUGUACAAAAAUGUUUGA